AUGUUUUCUCGUCGUGUUCUAUUGGGACGAAGUGCAGGCCGCACGUCUUCCAUGUUGUUAUCGCCAAUCUCUCGUAGUGUAAACAUUAGGAAUAAUACUUGCAUGUCCGUCACCGCACUGCAGUGUAAUAAACGGCCCAUCACACAAUUGGCAACCAAUCUCACUGCCCAUUCUCUCCAAUUGCAGGGUUGUCUUUCCCUCAGUACACUCUUGUACUCUCCACUUGGAACGGCAUUCCUCUUGUUAUUAGCAUACAAUGUGGUGGUGAUUGGUACAAAGCAUGUUGUUUAUACAAUAGAGAUUACAGGGAAGGAUUAUGUGCAGGAUCAACAAUUACAUCAGAUCAUGAAGUAUGGUAUUUUCGCCUGUGUUUUACUGGCAAUGGAAGUCCUCUUUGUGGAGGUGUAA